CAUUCGAAUAUAAUCAAACCGUUCAUACCGUUCGAAGAACAACAUCCACCGACAGAAACAAUUUACACAAGUAGUGUUACCCCAUCUAAACGUCUUUACGUAUCACCAAACAUCGCCGCUUACAUAUCCGAUCAACACAACCUUGGAAUCUUCAAAAACUAUCUUAGCAUAUCCGAUUAAUCAAUACCGAACCACUAGCUAAGUCAACUCGCGACGGCCCGCACAAACGCUACCAUCACUACUCCUUUCAACUACCAAACUUUCGACACGACGCCGUUACACCUUAAAAUUCAAAGUCGAAUUAGUGUACUGACGUCGAGUCGCUCUUCGUCUGCAUCUUCUGCAUAUAACUCAUAUAAAGUUUUACGAAUUUUCCUGCAAUACACAAUCGGUAAUCCAAUCCGGAACAUUCUUUAAGAAGUUGUGAGGUCGAACACAUUCUGGGCGAACACUCCCUCCUUCACCAACCCAUUUUCAAGGAUAUCUUCACUCCGACAUUCUCUACUUGAGAGUCGUGGGUAGGAGAUAAUUCCUUGGAAGACAAAUCCCGAUGCCGUAAGUACUUGAAUUCACAACAUAACUGUCACACUGGUAGUUGCGACACAAUUGGCGGUCUAAGUUUAUGUAUGCUAACGUCUUUAUUUUAUAGUCUUCGUACAAGAGGACCAACUCGGAUAACUAUCGAUACUCCUAAUACUCAAAGUCCAUAUACGACUCCAUCUCACUCGACUUCAAACUCCCGAUCCAAUUCCUUCUCCGAGGGAUCAUCGGGUCACAUUCGUUCAGACGAUAGUCACGAAUUUUCAGACAAUUCGCAAGAAUCUUGGAACGGAUUAGAUUACCCAGACGAUAUUGACCCAUCUGAAUCUGCUUCACGUCCACCACGUGCAGCAACAAGAUAUAUAGCUAGAGAUCAAAUUAGCUCUCGAGAACACAGCACAGGUCGGCCCGCCCCCAUUGAACGUGCACACGCAAGUUACGAGCGCCCAACACGUCGUCACACCCCCGCUGCCGAACGAAACCAUCGUCCGCCUAUAUCUAGAGUGCACCGGCACACAGCACCGGGACCACCAUCAACUGUGGAGCAAUUAGACGAUUUUCCGGGCUAUGGCCGAGGCUAUCCUGCACAACCAACAGCUCCUUAUGGAGGCGGGAGAACGGCACCUCCGCCUGGUUAUGGCCCAAAUGGAUACUCCACCGGUGCGAAUAGUGCCCCUUAUGCACCACCGUUUGGUAGCCCCGGUGUUGCUCCCCAUCAAGGCCCUGGCCCAGGAGCUUUAACACAUUAUGGCGGCGGUUAUCCUCAGCAAUUUAACCAAAGCUCAAACCCCUUUGCUCCACAAAAUCAAAAUUCGUUCGCACCACAGCCAUCUCCAAGUCCUGGCGGCGCUAGCUACUUUAACAGCCGCAGUAGACACGACAUACCUAGACAUGAUCCGAUGGCUGGACACAAUACUCCCGGUGGAUAUCCUGGUCAUCCUAAUCAAGAACUUAUGCAUUACGCGCCUCAACAUGGCUAUCCCGGAAAUCAGCCUUAUGGUGCAGGUCAAGGCUAUCCAGGAUAUCCAGGAUAUAUGCCUCCCGGCAUGUCUCCUGCCAUGUCUCCUGGUAUGUCCCCAGGAAUGCAGGCAUUGCAACAUGGAAAUCAUGGACAGCAAAGUAUGGCAAUGGGUCCAGCAGGAAUGCAAUACUUCCCUCCUCAAUUCUCUACUCCCGAACCCGCUCCAGCGCCCGCGCCAGUGCCGGUGGUCGAUAUCGAGAUGGAGAAGAAAAUUGUGUUGAUGGAGGAACAAAUGAAAGCCGCAAAGAUAGAAUCCGAUAGGGCGAGAGAACAAGCUGAAGCCGCUCAAAGGGCAUCUGAAGCUGCUCAAAAGGCCUUAGCGGACAAGGAAGCACGGGAGCUUAAAGAGAAACUAGAUGCUGAAGAAGCGGCAGCGGCUGCACAAAAGUUGGCUGAUGAACGGGCCGAGUGGGCACGGAAAGCUAGUGAAGCUCAAGCCGUGAUUGAGAAAAGAGCUGCGGAGAGACAAGCUGAAUUGGAAAAGAAAGCUGCAGAGAUGGAGGCUGAUUUGAAGAAGAAAGCCGCGGAUGCUGAAGCGGACUUGAAGAAACGAAUGGAAGAAGCUCAGACUUUAUUGGCGGCUAAGCUUGCGCAGGAAGCUAAAGCAGAAAAGGAGGCCGCUGAUGCUGCUGCACAAGCUGCUAUCAGAGCCGAAUGGGAGAAAAAAGCAGCAGAAGCACAGGCAGAUUUGAUGAAAAGAGCUGCAACAAUGGAAGCUGAUCUGAAAAAGGCAGCUGCCGAUAAUGAAGCUGAUUUAAAAAAGAAAAUGGAGGAAGCACAAUCAGCUUUGGCAGCUAAAUUGGCAAAAGAAGCUAAGGAUGCUAAGGAUGCUGCAGAGGCCGCUCAAGCUGCAGCUAUCAAAGCUGGAUGGGAAGCUAAAAUCGAGGCUGAGAAAGAAUUGGCAUUGAAGAAAGGGGCUGCGGAUGCGUUGAAAGCCAAGGAAGAGGAAGCAAGGGCGAAGGCUGCGAAAGAAGAGGAGGCAAAGAAUAAGGCAGACGAAAUAGCUGCCGCUGUUGCCGCCGCAACCGCUGCUGCUACCGCUGCUGCUACUCCAGCUCCACCACCUCCACCACCGGUUGAAGAGAAAAAGAAACCUAUCAAAUUCAAAGAUGCCGUAGGCAGAAAGUUUAGUUUUCCAUUCGAGUUAUGCGCAAAAUGGGCGGUUAGUCCUUUUUUCCUUUCUAUUUUUUGAUCUUCAUUUACUCACUAACGUCUCUGCACAGGGUAUGGAGGAAUUAAUCAAACAAGCUUUCAUCCAUGUCGAUGUUAUCGGCCCCCAUGUCCAAGAUGGUCGCUAUGAUCUCAUUGGCCCCGAUGGUGAGAUUAUCCUACCACAGAUAUGGGAAACAGUGAUAGAACCUGAUUGGGCAAUCACUAUGCACAUGUGGCCAAUUCCAACAGAACCGCCAAGGCCAGCAGCUCCCACUGGACCUCCUGGGCCACACCCAAUGCAUCCAAAUGGUAGGCCCCGAAGUUCCCAUGGACAUCCUCAUCAUCAUUUUCCUAACCGUCUUUCAACAGCACUCCCAAAUGGCGCCCGGCCACCUCCUCCUCCUGGUGUUGCCAUGCCACCUCUCGGAGCUAGACCACCACCGCCACCACCUGGACUUGGAGGUCCUCCUCCACCACCUCCACCACCGUUUAUGCCUCAGCCAAGCGCGCCAAGAAUCGUAACGGUGAAACCAAAAAAGAAGGUAGACUCAGGAGUAUUAGGAUGGAUGGCAGGCAAAAGACCUGCGCCGUCCUCAAAAGGUAUGCAACAUGUAUAUCUUUUGCAUUCCAUACUUACUAGGUGAAUAGGUCGAUCAAAAAAAUAAGCACCGGAAUAACCGAAGUAUCACGUAAAUCAUUAAGCGAAUAAUUAAUACAUCUACAUAUGCUUGUAGUGUAAUGAUUAUAGCGAUGGGUUUCUGAUCAGCCAAAAAGUAGACCUCAAUAUCUCUCGUACCUUGAACCGGAUCCAGCGUACCUAGAUUCCAUGUGUCAAUCUUGGGUGGGAGGUUAGAACGAUUCCUUCUCGUGAGUUCUUUGGGCAAAAUCUUUAUUUUAGCAAUACCUUGAUUAUUCGAGGCAUAACAUUUUCCCAUUUUCCAAGAGCGGGUUAUUUGUCUAUACGGGGAUGAAGCUCAUGCUGUUACAUUUUUUAAACAUUUUUCCUCAUCUAUCUAAUAUCUUUCAGCGUGUUUGUUUUUACGUUUUGUUGGUAUUUUGGGGGUUUCUCAUUUGAUACCAUCUUGGGAUACAAAGUUUUCCUUUUGACUUUGUAUGCGUGUUUUUUCUUUUGGAUAAUGGAACAAUCUUGCGGGGAAUGGGUAUAUGAUACCAAUGAUUAUGAACAGAUGAGAUAAGAACUAAAUGACAGAUGAGGGGAUGGAUUGGAUAGGCAGGGAAAGGAUGGCGCAUCAUUUCUUGUUUUAUACAUUUAUGGCAUGAGAUGGUGUU